GGGGGAGGCAGCCCCUCGGUCCUCAGCAGUGUCACAUCUCUACUUCCAAGUAUACUCCAACAGCCAGCGAGGACUCUCACUUACUGUAGCUUGCGGAAUGGAAAAAGGAAAACUGUGAAAGCUGUCAUCGAUAGGUUUCUCCGGCUGCACAAUGGCCUUUGGGUUAGGAGAAGGGCCGGUUAUAAGAAGAAACUGUGGAAAAAGUCAGCUGCCCAGAAGAAGCGUUUGAGAGAGCUCGUGUUGUGCACUAGAACACAAUGUAAACUCCUUGAUAAAAUGACCACUUCUUUCUGGAAAAGAAGAAAUUGGUAUGUUGAUGAUCCCUACCAGAAGUAUCACGAUCGCACGAAUCUUCGUGUGUAGAAAUCUUGGUUUCAUUUUUGCACCUCUCUAGGAAAAAGGCAGUGGUACAUCUGGUAUGGUCUCAAUUUUAGAACAUAAAUCUGUAAUACCUGUUACUUUUCUAAAUCAACAUACGCGUAUCAUCUGAUCAGAAUUAUGGGUAUUGAUGCCCAAAAUAAAGGAAUAUUCAAGAUUGUCUU